AUAGAUUCAAGUGAGAUGCUGUUGUUUCAAGGGUUAUAUAAACACUCUUUCCACCCCCUUUUCCCACUUCAAAAGGCCUUGUGGGUCACAUUAGAAUCCUUCUGUUGAAAGCAGGAUUUGCAGAACAACCGUUGGGAGCUGAGACGAAGGCGUCUUCGAUCUAUCAUGGCUCUUGAAGAACCAUUGAAACAUCCGACAUGGAAGAGGGACAUGGGUGUGUCAUGGAAUUUCUUGAGAGAGGGACCUGGCUUAGAUGUAAAAUCCAUGAACUUCUUGGGUCCCUUUCUUCCCACCUUGGACACCCACCACACCCACCGUUCGACCCGCCGGGUGCCACUGCGAAUCUGGCAGAUUGACCCCGGCGGGUCAGACUCGUGUCCACCAACAGGCAGGUCCGUGGCCAAACGUGACAGCUGGCAGGUCCCAGCUCCACUUCGGAGCGUUGGCCGAACGCUGUCGGCUCCUGCCAUCGAUCGCUCGGUCGGCUCGGAGGGUCUCUUCUCGGCUCUUCGGGGCGCGUGACGUGCAGCCGUGGCGACUGCGAGAGUGGCCAUGGCGGCCGAGGGGAACCCACGCCGCCGGCGACGCGUGGCGUUGACUGCGGGGGUGGUGACCGCGCUGGCCGGAACGAGGUUGCCGCUUUCGGGCGCCUUUGUGGCACCACAGCUGCGCGUGCAAGACCAGCACGCGGCACACCUGCAGCUUCAUCGUUGGGGCAGUACAGGCCUCUCAGCUCCUCGAACGCUAAGAGAAACCGCCCGACCAGCGUUCGGUGGGCGCCCCGGUGGUAGGGGGCCUGGCCCCGUUGCCGAGCCUGAAUGGCUGGGUUCGCUGUUCUUUGGGCUCAUCAUCUUGAGCUUCAUCCCGGGUCCCUGGCAGGUGAUUUUGAGCCCCAUCAUUGGCUUGAUCAACUUGUUCUACAUGUUCAAGUUCGGCAUCUUCCUGCUGGCCAUCGCGGCCAUCUUUGGUCUGCAGUGGUACUUUGAAGCCACGACCAUGGAGGGUCAAUGCCCAGGCUGUGGCGCUCUUCAGAGAGCCAGCAAUUCCGAACCCUUCAACUGUGCCAUGUGCGGCUUAGAGCUUGAAGCCAAAGACGGACAAUUCGUCAGGUACAUGAAGAGCGGCCAAGCGCCGCAAAGUCCCUUCGAGAAGAUCAGAGACAUGGCAGAGCAGGCGGCGGAGAAAACGACGCCCGCCAAGCCGAAGCCUCCCAGUCCCAAAAGCAAGAAGAGCAGCUCCGAAGUGGUGGACGUGGAGGUCCUGUGACUGGGACCGACCGCAGGACACGCAGCUGCUCUACUCACCCAUUUGCACCGUGAUGGCGAAAAAACGCC